AUGGAUGUUCGGCAUCGAUGCGCUAAGCUUAUUCAAAAAUCAUGGUAUUCUUAUCGCAACAAACGUAUAUUCAACACCCUUAAAUAUGCUGUCAAUGUUCUGAUCAGAAAAUGUGUUGUGAAGAGCAUAGGUCGAAGAAAGUACCUUGACCUGAUUUUCGGAGAUUCAUGUGUUUAUUUUCAACGUCAUUUCAUGAAAGAAAGGAAUAUUUUGGAUGUCAUAACAUCCAACAAGCUUUUUACAGAAGAACUCCCUGCUGCUUAUGGUGGGUAUCAAAAUCACUGGCGUUAUUUAGAUGGAAAAGUCAUUGAACGGUUAGAUUAUCUAUCUGACAUUAUUGAAUCAUCAUCAAUUAGCUGUAAACCAAAUAUGAAACGUAUUAUCAAUCUACUCACUACAACAGUACAACCUGAGAUAUUAGGACCAAUAUCACGAUUCAGGUUAGCUCAACUGGAACAAAAAUCAUUGGAACGUGAUCAUUGUCGUAGAAAUCAACGAAAACAUAAAAGUAAUACCUGGAAACCAAUUAAAUGUUUGAAAAAUGAUAGUGAAAAUUUAAAUAAUAAAAAUAAUUCAUCUAUGAAGAAGAUAAAGUCACAUAUCAAUCAAUAUGUAGAUGAAAUAUUUGACGAACUAAAGGAUGAAGAUGAAUUAUACCAAUGGAGUCAAUAUCUUCCUUCAUCAUUCAUAGGUGAUACAAGUUAA